AUGGCCAGGAUGGAAAAAAGAGCAAAGAGACAGGCCACCACUGCAAGCAAUGGUGUAAUAGCAACAUUCGUCAUUUACCUGGCCGAUGUGAAUAUCACAAGAGAAAUAAUAAACGAAUUCCUACGAGAUGGUAAUGCCACCAUCUGCAAUGGGUCAUCCUGUCAGUAUAAGGAACUGACCAUCAUUAGCUAUCCACAAGUUGACAGCAAGGCAAACCUUUGCGACUAUCCAGAAAUCCACAAAUGUGAUAAGUCAACAACUACUUGUGAACAGUCUGGACAACCACCAGUAACCUAUUGCAAUUGUAAAAAGGGUUUCGAGCCCUUCCCGUCAGAUAAUCAUAUCUGUCGUGAUAUCGAUGAGUGUGCAAACAAUGCUACAAAUUUUUGCCCUGAGCCAAGUAAAUGCAUCAAUGAUCCACCAGGCAGCUUCACCUGCCCCUGUAAUGAGGGACAGUAUUGGGACACAAACAACAGAACAUGUGCUGCUGAUGGAUGCACUGCCAUGCCUUGCAAAAAUGGUGUCUGCUUUUCUUUGAAAAAUUCAACAAGCUUUGCUUGCAAAUGUAACUCCGGCUGGGAAGGAAGUUUUUGUGAAAAUGAAGAUGCUGAAGCUUAUCGGCUGAAAGUGGCAGUCAUAUGUGUCAGCGUUAUCCUGGGUGUCUUCUGUCUGGUGCUGCUGAUCAUCCUCAUUGUUAUCUGUGUAAGACAACACAGGCAAGUCAAAUAUGCUCCUUAA